UCAGUGGCCCCUGGUGAAAAAGGGGUUGGGGCCUGAAAGUCGUGGGCGUGUCAUUGCGGGUGGAGUAUUUUCACUCCACUGAACCUCUUCGAAGUGAGUAAUUACUGGCUCCGCAGCCAACAGAGGGAACACACGCUCUGCUACACAGAAAAAUAUGGUCUCAACAAACUAGUAGAAGAGUUUGGCGUGGAAUUGUGUAGUUUAUACCUGUUAAAGUGCGUGAAAGGACUCCAAUGGACUGCUAGGAAACACACUGGAAAUGGCAAGAAGCACCUGAAACCUGUUGCUCUGAGCACUAAUACGAAAGUUGUGAAUCCGCCGGAUUGCAUUCAUCGGAUACAUUCACCUGCCAUGUGGAAUUUAAAGCAGAUCAGAAAGGAAACCGACGCUUAAAAUGUUACUUUGCUACAGUGUAUCCGCGGGAAAUGAACUUUCGACCUUAACACGGUUUACUCGGUGAAUGAUUGACCAUUUAGUCCACAGAUGCGCGUGCUUUUCCAUGCCCGUGUUUAGGAUCAUGGUCUGUAUGAAAUGCACUCACACAGUUGGAAGAAAAUGCGCUCGGGAUCUGGAAUGAAACUUCACUGUGAUUUACAACCUUGUGGACUGUGGACAUGCUGCUGGAGCAAUUAAGGUUUCCUUUUGGGAUUUCUUCUUUCCGAAACGCAGCCAUAAAUUAAAAAAAGAAAGAAAGGAAGUAAGGGGAAAAACCUGAGCUGAGAAAAUACUCAAGAAUUGAAAUUCAUAGUUUUCCAGUAUGAGGAAACCUGCAGAUAAGCAUCAUUUCACCAUGGAGACCUCAGGGAUGCACCUGGUCGGAUUUUGGCUUCACGUUCUGCUGCUGUUGCAACUGUCUCGGCUUGGCGAUGCUGCCUCUAAGGAUAUAGUGUGUGAGCCCAUCACUGUACCGAUGUGCAAAGGGAUUGGAUACAAUCACACCUACAUGCCCAACCAGUUCAAUCAUGACACCCAGGAGGAAGUCGGCUUGGAAGUGCACCAGUUUUGGCCACUUGUCCGUAUCCGUUGCUCCCCGGACUUGCUUUUUUUCCUGUGCAGUAUGUACACCCCAAUAUGUCUUCAGGAGUACAAAAAGCCUCUGCCCCCAUGCAGGUCUGUGUGCGAGAGGGCUAAGAGGGGUUGCUCCCCCCUCAUGAUCCAGUAUGGGUUUGAGUGGCCGGAGCGGAUGAGUUGUGAGCAGCUGCCUAUGCUGGGCGACACCGAUCGGCUUUGUAUGGACAGGAACAGCAGUGAGACCACAACUCUGUCACCUCCUUUCACCAAACCCACUCCCAAAGGAACUCCAAGACAUAGAACCACUGCAAAAUCUGCUCCACCGCAGAAGUGUGACCGCGAGUGCCAUUGUCGAAACCCCCUAGUGACAAUUAAGCAGGACGCACAUCCUCUUCAUAACCGGGUACAUACCAGCUCUCUACCCAAUUGCGCUUUGCCUUGCCACCAACCUUACUUUUCCCUGGAUGAGCAUGCCUUCACAACCUUCUGGAUCGGCCUUUGGUCGGUGCUGUGCUUUGUCUCGACACUCACCACUGUGGCUACUUUCCUCAUCGACAUGGAGCGUUUCAAAUAUCCAGAGCGGCCGAUUAUCUUCCUGGCUGCUUGUUAUCUGUUUGUGUCGCUGGGGUACAUCGUGCGACUGCUUGCGGGCCAUGAGCGGGUAGCUUGUGAGGGCUCUGGCAACCAACAGCACAUCCUCUAUGACACCACGGGUCCAGCCCUUUGCACGCUAGUUUUCCUGCUCAUAUAUUUUUUUGGAAUGGCCAGCUCCAUCUGGUGGGUGGUGCUUUCCUUCACCUGGUUCCUGGCAGCAGGAAUGAAAUGGGGAAAUGAGGCCAUCGCGGGUUACUCGCAGUACUUCCACCUUGCUGCUUGGCUCGUCCCUAGUGUCAAGACCAUUGCUGUCCUGGCUUUGAGUUCGGUGGAUGGUGACCCUGUGGCUGGGAUCUGUUACGUCGGCAACCAGAGUUUGGAGAGCCUACGUGGCUUCGUAUUGGCACCGCUGGUCGUCUACCUCUUCACUGGCUCCCUCUUCCUUCUGGCCGGAUUUGUUUCACUCUUCCGGAUCCGCAGCGUUAUUAAACAGGGUGGCACCAAGACGGACAAGCUGGAGAAGUUAAUGAUCCGGAUUGGGCUCUUCACCGUCCUGUACACCGUGCCCGCAACUAUUGUGGUGGCUUGCCUGGUGUAUGAGCAACAUUACAGGCCAGGUUGGGAGCAGGCACUGGCCUGUUCUUGCCCGUCCGAGCGCCAGCAGCUCAGCGUGGGGCCGGACUAUGCUGUCUUCAUGCUGAAAUACUUCAUGUGCCUUGUAGUAGGCAUUACCUCGGGUGUUUGGAUCUGGUCCGGGAAGACUCUGGAGUCCUGGAGACGCUUUGUGGCGCGGUACCUCCCCUGUAGGACACGGAAGCCACCUGUAUCAGGCUCGUCCAUGUACAGCGAGGCCAGCACCGCUCUCACAGCCCGAGCCGGAACGGCACCCACUGGGACCUAUCACAAAUCAGCACCUUCAUCACAUGUCUGAGCAUUGGCCAGAAAGCCCUUGUCCUUUAUAAACCCUAAAACUGUCAAAUGAGUGAUGCAUGAAGUGUGCAGGUCAUGUCUCUGAAUGAGCAGGUGUCUAUUCGACCAACAUCACUGGAUAUGAUAGACGGAACGAAUAUAUUAUGAAGGAUUUUUACAGACUAUUGGUUGUUUCAUUGUAGUCAAGCUCUUCUCAUUCACUGGUCCAAUUUGCAAAGCAAUGAACAUGUUGAUACUUUGUGAGGAAAAGAUGAUCUCUACAAUCGUAGCAAGCAUGGUAGCCAUCUUCUAUGUUUUUUAGAUUGUGAAUGAUGGAAAAAAGAUCUCAGAAGGUUAAUACUUGAUAUGAGUCAAGACAAAUUGAGGGGGUUGUGGAGAUAUUUUAUUUAUUUGUGUAUUCUUGUAAAUAAUGCUAUUCAAGAACUUUGUGAUAUCUCAGAUUACAGUCGCUCUGCUGUGUUUGUGACUUUAUCAGCAUUUUACAGGAUGUCAGUAGGAUCAUUUUAAAUACCGUCUCCAGGUUUCUCAUUUACAAAUUUGGAUGCAGGAUGUAAAUCGGUGCUUUCAUGCAUUCUGUCAACAAGAACAAUAGUUUUUCAUCUUAUACUGGGCAAGUGGAGGUCUAGUAAAGAAGCCGUUCACAUUCACUUAAAGUUGUUGCAGGCAUUUCUGCACAGGUUAAUGCUGACCGAAUGUUCUUCAGUGUCCCUCAACAACCACUUAACAGCUUGUGUUUCAAAGCCAUCUCUCCACUGAUAAUAGAUUGUUGGUUAGCAUCUAUUGGGCAGUGUUAGGGAUCUGAAUGUACCAUCUAUAGAGCUGUUUGAAGAAUCUAUAGGUCUAGUGUGAUCUUGACUCCCCUCUUGUGGUCAGUGGUUCAACUUUCAUGAGGUUCAGGUGUUAACCACCAGCUUAGGUUUGUUGAGUAGAAGGCCAAAUAUAAACUGGUUUCAAAACAAAGUGGAACAACAUCAUUUCUUUUGGUCUGUUAAUUUCCUCGUAAAGCCUCAUGAUCCAGUCUUUGGUUGUUUUUUCUUGUCAUUUGACCUUAUUUGUGUUUUGAAUCAGAAAACCAGUGUUGGGUAUGCACUUUUAGCAGACAGAAUCUGUAAACAUUGUUUUUGUAGAUCUGUGUGAAAUCUUUCAGUGGAGCAUUAAGUUGUAAGUGUAAGCAUUGUUUGGCUACUUUUAUCUGUCCAAGAUGUUGUAGAAAUAACUUUUCCUGUGUAGUCUUUUAAAAUGCCUCACGAUCUUGCUGCAUGUCUGGUUGUGUGUACAUACUUGUUUGGCUCUAUUCAUAUGUAAAUCUUGUAGAAGACAUGUCCUUUUAAGAGUCCAGACUGCAACUCUGUACAUAUGUUUUGUAAAAGAUAUGAAAUACAGUGCUACAAUUUUAAAGAGAUUCUUAGAUAUUUAUGAAAAGUGUCUUUUACAUGUUUCUUUUGUUUCUCUUACUGGUAGAGAAUAAAAGUGAGGAGCAAUUUGUGAACUGGCAA